UUGUAUUUCAAAGUGGAUUGUUUACAAUUAAACCGGAAAAUUGUGUUUUUGUGAAGAUAUAAGGAUUUUGAUUGUUCAGAAAGCAAUAUGGCGCAUGCAUCAGAAAAUCUCAAAAAUAUAAAAAUAUAUUAUCAAAAUGUUGAGGGCUUACGGACAGCCCACAAACAGGAGCAAUUGAAAAAGUCAUUGAAAAAUUGCGAAUCAAUCAAUUUGAUUGUCUUUGUGGAAACAAAUUUCGAUAAAGAAAUUGACACAGCUGAGAUAUUUGACAAAGAUUUCAUAGUAAUAAGAAGAGAUCGUCAAGAGCGUGCUGUACGAGGUCAUGGUGGUGGGUUGCUCGUUGCCUACCCAAAAAGUUCCAUAAUCAAAAGUGUGAAAAUUUGCGAUGAUAUUUCAUCCUGCGUUGAUGACAAAACUCAAGUUGAAGAUCUCUGGUUGACAAUCAACUUGACAAAUGGCGAAAAUUUACAUCUUUGCAUUGUCUAUCUUCGUCCCCAAUGUAAGAAGGAAUAUUUCGAGCAAUUUUUCAUGAAACUCAAAGCAAAUUUCGAGAGUCGUAAAUCAGAGAGAUUUUUAAUUGUUGGUGAUUUCAAUUUCGAUGACUAUAGAAAACUUAAGCAAAAAGUCAUUGUCAGUAAGAGGAAAGGAUCAAAAUUGGAUGUAAUGGACAAAUGUACACAAGGACUUAAACAAAUUAAUCGAAUACAUAACAAAGACGAUAAAGUUCUCGAUAUGAUUUUCACAAACAUAAAAGGAUCUGUAGAAUUAAGUACAUAUCAAUUAGUAAAAGCCCAAGACAAACAUCCCCCACUUCUUGUCAACUUGAAUUUACAGAAAGUUGAGGCAAAAAUCGAUAAAAAUACGAGACUUGAAGACGAGCUUAAAAGUCUCAAGGAAAGUUUUGAGAAAUUAAAAAUUUCUCACGACGAGGACAUUAAAGAAUUGAGGAAUGAAAUAAGAAUCCUCAGAGGAAUUUUAGAUGAUGAAGGAAUUCUUUAAAGUGUCACUUGUAUGGCUUGAAAUGAGAUAAUUUAUUCACAUGAAAGUUUUGCUUUUAAUGAAAAUGUAUUAUAGACUAAUUUAUGCUUAAGAGAAAGUUUCAUGCUGAGAAAAUAUAAUAAAGACUUGAUGUGAUAAUUUUUAUGUGCAGGUUCUGCUUGAA